CAAAACGGCUAGCUUUUCCUAAAAGCUAUUACUUGUUGAUGAUUAAGGUGUUAAUCAACCUAUUGAAUCUUAAGAACACAUUUUAACUACUUCUACUAACGACAAAGGUUGAGGAUGAAUGGUGAAGCUGAUAUAAUAUGUAUAAAGGACUGGCAAGAUGGGAAGACCUUAUCAGAAUGUAUGAUAUAUAUGUUAGAGAAAGAAAUAAUGUGUGAUGUCACAGUGAGGGUAGGCGACGAAGAAAGACCAAUAAAAGCACACAAGUACAUGAUGUCGAGUCGAAGUCCUGUAUUUUAUACGAUGUUUGAAGGUUCAAUGCCUGAAACAGGGGAUAUACUUAUACCGGAUAUUGACUUAAAGACGUUUCGUGAAAUAUUAAAGUACAUAUAUACUGACCAGGUAAAGGUUUCGAAUGACAACGUGAAAGAAAUGCUUUAUGCUUCGGAUAAAUACAUGCUUUCAAAAGUGAAAAGGGAAUGCGAGACUCUUCUCAAGAAAUCUGCAGUGUCCGAACAUGCUACUAAAUCUCUACAGACAGCAUGUGAAUUUCAUCUUGACGCUCUUAAAGAACAAAGUAUGGAAUACAUAGAACAAAACACAAAGAAAUGCCUUUUAUCAGAACAUGCUAUAUCACUGUCUCGAAUCUGUGUAGAGGAGAUUUUAAAGUCAGAGAAACUCAAUUGCUCAGAAAAUGACGUCUGUGCUUUCCUGUUAAAAUGGGGAAUCGGCCAGUGCGAGAUUGCUAACUUAGAAUUAACAGCCGAAAGUAUACGAGAAACUGUUGGCGAUUUGAUAUUUUUGAUACGAUUUCCAGUCGUUGAUAUGGAAUUUUUCUCAAAAGAGAUUGCUGAAUCCGGGUUACUUACAGAAGCAGAAGUCAUUGACGUAUACCAGUCUCAUUUUGGUGUCAAGAAAAAAACUUUCAUCAGCGGUCCUCGAGAACCUGUAUCAAAGAAAAAAAUCUACACCGUUGGAAGACAUUCUUCGAUUUCCCACCCUUGGGGACGUGAUGGUGUGCAUGCAUUAACCUUCAAACCCGAUGUAGAUAUCUGGUUAAGAGGGGUCCAUAUAUUCAAUCCGGUGCCCAGUAAUUCUGGCCACAACGAGUGCAUUACUGUGUUUAUAUAUGUAUUGGAUACUUAUGAUGAUGAAGUGUUGUUGUAUACUGCAGAGACUUGUUAUGGUGAAGGCUAUGGUUCUACAAGCAAGAUAACUUUUCCUAAACCAGCUCGUAUUCUAGCUGAAAGAGACUACACAAUCAAAAUGCACGGAAUCAUGGCUCUUUCAUAUUAUGGAUCAAAUUGUAGAACUAAAGCUGUAGUGCCAUCAUGUGGGGUCACAAUAACAUUCGGAAAUUCUCCGCAUUGUACCAGUGGCACGAAUGUACACCAAGGACAAUUUGCGAGUUUAGUGUUUAGUUUAUAAAUUUAACAUACAUGUUUACCAAUUACUUUGAAGAGGCAACGACAUCCUCAACAUAGACCGUCACUUCUCAAAAAUGCAGCUACCAUGCAAGAGAAGAAAUACAUCAUAUUUACAUAAUAAAACUUUGGUAAACAUUGAUGCCAGUAUGACGUUGACUGUAAAAUGUAUCAAUUCAUGUACAAGAUGCUGUCACAACGACAGCAAACCGGAUUUAUUAACAUUUAUUUGUGUCCUGCUAAUAUCACAAGAACCAAAACAGAUGAACGGGGAAAAGUGAAAAUCGUCAAUAUCAAAUUUAACCUCCAUUUUGUCAUCAGUAUCAACAUAUUAAAAUUUGAAAAGCUUAGGUUGAAUAGUUCAUGAGUAAAUGCAUGGACACGGCUAGAAAAGCCAUUUCUCAAUCUUUCAAGAACCAUAACUCCUGAACGGUAAAAGUCAAAAUCGUCAUUAUUAAACUUGACCUCUAUUUUGUUAUCAGUAACAACAUAUCAAACCUAUGUUUCAAUGUUUAACACCACAGACUAACUUUCUGUUUAUUUAUAACAUUAUUUAGGACAUUUUUUAUAUAAAAGCAUAUUGUCAGGAUGGGAAAAGCUAAAAAUAGCACAAACUCAAGUUUUGGG